AUGUUUUACCCUGGCAUGUUCAGAGAAAAACCGAAGGACAUAAUUCCAGAUAAGUGGAAAAUCAUACUGAGAGUUUCGGGUUUUCUUGUAUCUUGUUAUUUGAUAUGCUUUCACGGAGAAUUAUUUGAUAUACCAGAAAAUAAUAAGUUAUCGUGA